AUGGCUAGAAAGUCUCCUCCAACUGCUCCAUUGCAGCUGGAAAAAUCCAGCCGCGAAACAUCUCCUCAAAUCAAAACAUCACCUCCGUCGAAACUGAGCCCUACCUCAUCAUUCCCGAAGGGAUCGACUAUCAGACCCGUCACGUCCACAUCCAACAUAGCAAACGAGCAGACAAACACAAACUCGCAGGAAACGGAAAAUACUACAAACAAGGUCGAACAGCCGAUGACACCAGGUAUAACUGCCAUCCCACAGUAUCCUCCAUCUCCCCAACCUGGCAAUAGACAUGCCAGAGACCCUUCCAAAUCGUUCUUCUCCAACCUUAAAGCUUCCCGGUCCACGCAGCGAAUACAUCUGUCAGAUGCGUCGAGUGGACAUUCGGGAGAGGAGAAAUCUUCCAUGAGCCGAGGUAGCUCUAGAGAUAGGGCUGGCCGUGGCUUGACCCAGACGCGAACCCAAACGUCACCAAAACCCGACUCACCAAAGCAAACUGAUAAAUCCAACAGCGAUACAAGCGAAGAUCACCACUCCCCCCCUCCACGCUCCGCGAGCUUAAAACCAACUGAAGACUCCACCCCAAUCUUCAACCCGCCAGUUCCUCCACCACCUUCAUCGUCGGCACCACCCCCACCGUCGACAUUACAUGCCCUCAACCCAAAGAAGAGCAAACCACGCUUCGGGGGCUUGUUGGCGCGUACUCGCUCUAUCCGCGUCGACGACAGUCUACACAGCCCUCGCUCGUCAGCACCUAAGAAACGACCGUCGAACGGACUUUUGCGCUUAGACGAGACGCGCGGCGACACCGAUCCUCCCCUCAAAACCGCUCCGCUACAACCCGAACGAACAUUCAGAGACGUCAUGGGCUCGACUGCCCGUAACCGCUCCGCCGACCGACCAGCCACGCGAGACGGUAGUCGAAACUUCUCUUCCAACCAGAACAGCAGCAGUAUGCAGCAUCUACAGGCGCAUACGAAGCGAGAACGCAGCCAUGGAAGCUCGAUGAUGAGCUCUGUAGCGAGUUCGUCGCUCUUCCACAACAUCAAGAACACUUCUAGCGGAGCCGCUGACCGUAUUGGCAAGGCUGGCAAAGGGUUCUUUGGCAAAAUUGCGCGAAGCGGCAGUAGCCAUGAGCGCGAGGUUGUGCCAGAUGAUAAUUACGUGUGCUCAGUGAUUAAUCUGCCUCUCGUGGAGCAGACGAGACGUACGAGAAUGGUUAAGAGCUUGAGAAACUCCAAGGAUAAGACCGAAUUCUGGAUGCCAGCGCUGCCGUGGAGGUGUAUCGACUAUCUCAACUUCAAGGGCUGUGAGGAGGAAGGCUUGUAUCGUGUUCCCGGGAGCGGAAAAGAGGUCAAGCACUGGCAACGACGGUUUGAUACAGAACUCGAUAUCAAUCUUUUCGACGAACCUGACCUCUACGACAUCAAUACGAUAGGAUCCAUGUUCAAAGCAUGGCUCCGUUGUCUUCCCGAUGAGAUAUUGCCCAAAGCAACACAGGCAAAGAUUGCAGCCGAAGCCCCCGGCGCCACAACCGCACCGCAACUCCUCAAAGACGAACUCUCCAAACUUCCGCCAUAUAACUAUUAUCUCCUUUUCACAAUCACAUGCCAUCUGAGCCUCCUCCAUUCUUACGUCGACAAGAAUAAAAUGGACUACCGCAACCUAUUUUCUUGUCUGCGACUGGAAGAACUGUUGGCAGGGGUGCUGGACCGAGAAGGAACAUCUCGAGAUCGAGGCCGAGCUAGAUAG